GGACUGUGAGAAACUCCAACAAGCCCAAGACCCACACAUUCAUAUGGAGAUUUGGGCGUAUAAAUACAGGGCUGAGGCAGGAGAGAAGGCAGUUCAGACUCAACUGGCUCUUCAAACCGAGCAGGAACACUCCUAACUCCACGACUAUGGCACCCACUGUUUAUGGGCAAGCAAACUACUCCAAGGAAAACCUGACUCCGGCUCAUAAGCUCAGAAAGCCAAUGGUGGAGAAACUGCGCAGAGACCGCAUCAACACCAGCAUCGAGCAGCUGAAGUCACUGCUGGGUCCAGAGUUCCUCAGGCAGCAGCCCGACUCCAAGCAGGAGAAAGCUGACAUCUUAGAAAUGGCUGUGGCCUACAUGAGAAGAUGGCAGCAGCAUAAGCAGCAGCAGCAUCAGCAGGUCGGCUUGACCGCUGGACUGACAAACGGCACUGAUGGCUACUCCCGCUGCGUGCAGGAGGCUGUCAGCUUCCUGUCCCACUGUGAGGUCCAGACUCAGGCGCACAGGCGGCUGCUCAGUCACUUUCAGGGCCUGCAGGCGUCUGGCAAGUCCAGUCCCUGCACCCUCUCACCUCCUGGCUCUCCUCUCCAUCAGGUCAGCUCCAGUAAGAAUCAGACCGGCUGUGGUCUGUGGAGACCCUGGUAGAAUGAAGGCAACAGGAGCGCCAACGCACUGAGACUGAGAACCACGUCUGUGAAUGUCAUGGACAGAAAGUUGAAGACUUAUUGAAGUCUGUUUCCUUUUUGCUUCGGCAGAGGAAUCAUUAUUGUUGAGGUUUUGAUUAGAGAUGGACGGAAUGUCCCAGUAUUUCCUUUGGAAGGACUGAAAUGAUUCAGGUUUUUGCUAAAUAUAUACACCAUGUGUAUAUAUACAUAUGUUAUGUUAUACUCUACAUGAUUUAGAGUGAAAAUCAGACCCUGAUUUCUGUUUGUUUUGCAAACAUCCCUCAUUGUAAGACCCACAUUGGGUGAAAACUGUUUAAAUGUCUGAGACAUUGUUUGACCGAUGUGUUUAAACCACUGUUUGUCUUUGAUACUGAGUAUCACUGGCUGAUAAUGUUCCACCAGCUUGGUGCUGAUGAAUCAACUUGACAUAAAUGGAUCCCAUGGAUCCAGUUUUACUGUAAAUCUUCUUUUGAUUAUGCCUUACUGUGACUGUUAGUAACCAUUAUUUGGCCUGUGUGUGAAGAUGUGUCACUGGUGAAGUUGUCAUCGUGUACAAUAUUGAUAUUUUCCCUCGUCUUUUUAUCGAUGCCUUUUAUAAAGGAAUGUUGUAUUGGCUUGAAUCUUUGCAAAAAAAGAAACUGCCGAAUUGCUUCCUUGGGAAGUUUGACUUUGAACAUUUGAACGAAAAUAAAUUGAAAUCUUCAUGUGAAGAUUUGCAAAAUCAA